UGUAGACUUUUUUGUUUGGUGUUUUUGGCUUGUUUUUUUCCUAUGAUUUCACAGAUGCAGAAGAUAAUUGUCCAUUCAUCAAUAAUAGUUUUCACAAUUGCAAUAAAUCAGUUAAGCGACAGGCAAUGCGCCACAUGUUAUGUAGGCCAACCUGUAGCUUACCUCUUAAGCACAGCAAGCUGGAGUGCAAGAUGUAGGGCUUACGCAGUGUGUGUCGGGUGUACGCAGCAUGCCAUAACGUUUCAACCGAUGUCGCUUCUCAAUUUUCAUAAUUGGUCUCCUUCGGACGUCACGCGGGGAAGAGGAACUCGCUCGUCGCGCUCCGCCCUCUGCCUGCCUGUCCAGCAAGAAGAGACUCGUUACUUCGUUGAGAAAUGAAUAGCCUCAAUUCACACUGAUUGCUUGUUCCUGAAACGCUGGGAAAUUACAGAGGACAGACGGAUGAUAUGAAAAGUUAUUUAUCCAGACGUCAAUCUAUAAACAAAAUGGCGAGUCAGGGGCGGAUAAACCCGCUUUAGGAAGCAUAUUACUAGAUAGGGACAGUGUGCCUAAACAAAAAAAUUGUUCUUCACACUUCAAGCCUGCGGAGAACGCGCAUACUUGACAAGAGGUGACGCAACGAAGCGAGUUGAAUUCAGUGGAGUUAACUUUUUGGGGGUACAUUCUUGUGUAUGGAGGAACAAUGUGCCCACUGGAAAGUAAUGAGGAGUCUUGGUUACAACGUUGCAUUUCAUUCGGACUGCACAGCAACUUCUUCCGUCGCCCGGGACAUUGCAAAUAAAGAUUUUGCCACUGAGCUGGCUUACUUUAGCUACUCAGCAGACGUUAGUACAAAAUUGUAACAUGACAAUGUACCGAGACUAACAGAUUAUCGGCGGAUUUAUAGUUGUCGGACACAGGAUGGUAUCCAUGGAGGUGGGGACACAUUCUUACCUUCAGGUUACAUUACUCAUCUAAUACACUCCGCAAAUGAUUGAUAACCAUUUAUGGCAACUGCUUGCUCUAAAUCCGCAAAAUCUAGUGAGCACUCUUCGGAUGAUACAUUGUGUUUAUAGCCUAUUUAAACUCUGAAUAUUUGUUCAACCAUGGCCGUUAGGUCCAGACGACCGUGGAUAAGUGUAAUUGUCGGGGUCUUUCUUGGAUUUACGGCGGCAUCUUGGCUUAUUGUGCCCAGGGUAGUGGAAGUCAGUGGGAAAAGAAAGAAAUCUUCGAUAUGCUCAUACUACAGUAAUUCCGCCAGCAUUGGUAAAGUGCCCGAAAUCAUCGGAGGUACCGCAAGUCAUGCUUUACGCAAAGACCCCGAGGAUCCUCUGUCCAGCCAAGAGGGCAGUGAAGAGGAGGAAGAGAGCGUCCACAAGACUGGUAACGGUAGUGGGGACGGUGGUAGGCCUGUUUCCAAGCCGAGGCAUUUUCUUUACGUGGGUGUCAUGACAGCCAAGAAGUACCUCGAUUCGCGCGCAGUGGCUGCACACAGGACGUGGACACGUUCCAUUCCGGGGAAGGUUGAGUUCUUCUCCAGCGAGGGCUCUGAAAGUGUCCCAUUGCCCGUUUCCUUCCCAGUGGUGUCAUUGACAGACGUGGACGACUCAUACCCACCACAGAAGAAGUCAUUCAUGAUGUUAAAGUACAUGCACGACCAUUAUCUGGAUAAAUACGAGUGGUUCAUGAGAGCAGAUGAUGACGUCUACAUUCGAGGUGAUAAGCUGGAGUCGUUCCUGCGCUCUCUGAACAGCAGCAAGCCCCUCUACCUGGGUCAAACUGGCCUGGGCACGGCCGAGGAGCUGGGCAAGCUGGCUCUGGAGCCGGGUGAGAAUUUCUGCAUGGGGGGGCCCGGCAUGAUCUUCAGCCGGGAGGUGCUGCGGAGGAUGGCGCCCCACAUUGGCACCUGUCUCCGGGAGAUGUACACCACCCAUGAGGACGUGGAGGUGGGCCGCUGCGUUCGUCGCUUUGGGGGGACCCAGUGUGUCUGGUCCUACGAGAUGCAGCAGCUAUUCUAUGAAAAUUAUGAGCACAACAAGAAGGGCUUCAUCCAGGAGCUCCACAGCAGCAAAAUCCACAAUGCCAUCACGCUCCAUCCUAACAAGAGGCCAGCCUACCAGUACCGGCUACACAACUAUAUGCUGAGCCGCGACAUCUCCCGGCUACGCUACCGCACAAUCCUCCUGCAUCGCGAGGGCCUGACCAUGAGCAAGCUCGGCAGCACAGAGGUGCAGUGGGAGGACCAACAGCUGGGCGCGCCGCCUUCCUACACACGGUACCAGCCUACAGAGAGAGGGGACGUUAUCCAGUGGGACUUCCUCACUGGCCGGCACCUGUACUCGACGGGGGAGAACCAGAUGCCCCGGCAGGGCCUCGGCAGCCUGCUCCGGACAGCCCUGGAAGACACGGUGCUUCAAGUCAUGGAGAUGAUCAGUGAGAACUCCAAAGCCCGCGGGCGAGUCAUUGACUUUAAGGAGAUCCAAUAUGGCUACCACAGGGUGGACCCCCGGCAUGGGGCAGAGUACAUUCUGGACCUACUGCUCCUGUACAAGAAGCACAAAGGGCGCAAAGUGACAGUUCCUGUUCGGCGGCAUGCGUAUCUGCAGCAGUCUUUCAGUCGGCCCUUCUUCAGUGAGUCUGAGGAACUGGACGUUGCUGAGCUGGUGGAGGCCAUCAACACAGAGUCCCAGUCCUUUUCUUUCCUCUCCAGCUCCUUAAAGAUCUUCUCGUCUUUCCAGUUCUCUGAGUCGACCGGGGAGAUGCGCCAACACAGCCAAAGGAAGGUCAACAUGCUGGUCCCCCUGACAGGCAGGUAUGACAUCUUUGUCCGCUUCAUGGAGAACUUUGAGAAGGUCUGCCUGAUACCCAACCAGAACGUCAAGCUGUCCAUCGUAUUGGUGGACAACGACAGCAACCAGGACAGGGAGAAUCACUUAGAACUGAUCAGGGAGUACAGCAAGAAGUUUCCCAAGGCAGACCUGUCGGUCAUCCCCAUGACCGGAGACUUUUCCCGUGGGCUGGCUCUGGAGCUGGGCUCCUCACAGCUUGAUAAUGACACGCUGCUGUUCUUCUGUGACGUAGACCUGGUCUUCAAUGGGGAUGCCUUGCAGCGAUGCAGGGACAACACCAUCCAAGGGAGGCAGGCUUACUAUCCCAUAGUAUUUAGCCAGUACAAUCCCAAAAUUGUCUACGCCGGCAACCCCCCUGAUGAUAGCACUUUCGUGUUCACAAAGAAGAGUGGCUUCUGGAGGGAUUAUGGCUUUGGGAUUACCUGCAUAUUUAAAAGUGACUUGCAAAAAGCCGGAGGUUUUGAUACGUCAAUCCAAGGCUGGGGGUUGGAAGACGUUGAUCUAUUUACAAAGGUUAUCAACUCCGGUUUAAAUGUUUUCCGCAGCCAGGAACCUGGAAUCGUCCACAUUUAUCACCCUGUUCAGUGCGACACUAGCCUUGAGCCCAAGCAGUACAAAAUGUGCCUUGGGUCUAAAGCAAGUACUUACGCGUCUUCAAUACAGUUAGCCGAACAGUGGCUGGAGAAACACUAUGGGCUUGGGUACAACAGAACUUCCUUGUGACAUUCCUGUGCUCCGUUCAUGGCUCCCCCAUGAAAGGUUACCUCAGUUCUGCGCGAGUGCAGACAGUAACGGACUAUGCGUGUUUCUGUGUGAGUGUGGGUGUAGGAGACCGAGACCAAACAACAAGAGAAAGAGAGAGUUUAAGGGUAUGGUCAACUUAUCUCUGGAACGAUUUAUUUUGUUCCCCCGGUGAUUCGUUCUCUGUCGUCCUGUCAAUUCUCUACGGCGUCUUCCAAAGGACAUUGAAACAUGCUGGCCUCGACUCAGAGCAGAGCUUGUUGGGAACUGUGAUGUGGUUUGUUUCGUUUCUAUUUACAUUGUUAUCAUGAGAUUCACAUGUUUGCCUCAGGACCACAUCUUUUUAUCACAUGGCCAUCUCCAAUGAAUGUGUGCUUUGCAGCCUUCCAUUGGAUUAGCUGCGCAGAGCGCCCCUCGCCUACUGUGAAAAGGACACUGACAGCAUCACCAGAGAAUAAAGCAGUAAUAAUGUCGAUAAUAAUACUGAAACAAUGACAAUAAUGCUAAUAAUAAAUGUACUGAAAGUACCACAAACGUGCUUUAAAGCUCCCAGAUGGGAAACAGACUGUAAACUAGAGUUUUCUUAUUUAUACAAAGAAGAACCGAAAGUACUUCAUCCGCAGUAUUUUUUAAAGCGUGUGAAUAAUUUUGAUGAUUGUUUCUUUAUUUUCUAGUCAAAAUAUUUACAUGGAUUUAAGGUACUGGAUACCGUCCAACAAUCGCUGUAUUCCUAAUCACAUUGCAAAAGGCCCACAUUUUGUCAUCCUGUCUGAUGUGACUAUGCUUCAAUUACAAUGCAUCCUGUCUCCAUUACAAUAGCUUUGUGGCUUUGAAGUCAUUCAGUUUGCUGGCAAAAAACAACUAAGGUGUAUUAAAAUGGGUUAUUUAUAAUAAAAACAAAUGU